GACGGGACAGAUGUCGCUGAAUGAAGAAGUGGCUCCGUGAACGGAUUCAGCCUCAUUUUUUUCUGACGUAGUCGAGAUUGUGAAUACAGAUUCGGCGAGCCGUAAGGAGUACGCAGGAUACGUAAGAAGUGAUCGUAAAAUACGUCCUGGAUUCUGUUUUCGGCGUGGAAGAAGUGAAUACGGCUCUGGCGGCUUCGGGAUGAUCGCGUAGGACCCUUAUCCCCCCCCAUUAACUGCAACCGGGCUUUAAUGUCAGUCGCUGGGACUGGACUAGCGAGCACGGCUGGGGGAAAGCGUCCGCCGACUUCUGAUGGACGGGGUGUCUCAUGCCGUUCAAAAAAUGUGCCCUAAUAAACGGAUGGCAACGUUAAAAGCCGCGGAGAGAAAACUUUCCAGUUCGGGGUUCCUGUAAAAAGGGCUGUAGGGGUGAAGGUGGGCAGGGUGGGUGUAAUACUGCGCACUGAGGGGUCGGCCGGUGUUUCGCUGGGCUUUGCUGAAAUGACUCGCGUCUCUCUGGCGCUGUCAGAAAAGCCAAACUGCUGCGUUGCCUGAAAAAAGCCAUCCUAGCUGCGGAGAACUUGGUAUUCGGAGCUCGACCUGUGCGUGUGGGGUGUGUGUGUGUGUGUGUGUGUGUACGGGGGGGGGAAGCCGGCCGCCUCUUUUUAGCCAAGGUCGGAUGCAAGUAAACAACUGACAGAAAGCACUAGCCGGGGCGUAGCGCCUCGCUCAUGAGCCGUAUGGGUCCUGCGCACUCAGAAAAGCCCCCGACUCCCUCACGGGAAGAGCUGAAUCUGCGCUGGUGAGGAAGGGUGGACCGGGGGAGGGGGCUGCAGGGUGACGGCCGGCUCGGCUCGCCUCGCCUCGCCUCGCUCCGCGUCCCUGCCUGAAGCUCCGCGCCCCUCCAGCAGCGUGCUGUGGAUGUCUGCGCGUUUCGGCUGCGGGUUGAUGCGGCGAGGGGCCUGCUGCUCUCAUCAACAACACCGCGGCUCCGUCCGAGCGUUGGCUCUGCAGAGGUUCGCAGCUGGCCGCGUGCUUACGAACAUUGCGUACGAUCGCAGCGUACGAUACGGCUUUUCGAGGGCGGAGAGGCUCGGGUGACAUUGCAGAGUCUCUCCCUUCCCCACACUCACACUCUCACCCCUCCCCCUCCACCUCCCUCCCGUAAGCCGCUCCGCUCAUCGACAGAGAGAGGCAGAAGGGAGGAGGGAAAGGUGGAGCAUCGCCAGUCGUACGCCCUGACGCAGUGGGACUUUUACGUGUGGUCGGCGUUUCCCCCCGCCCUUCCCGCGGUGACGGUGAUGGGUCGGAAGCGGUGUGUCGGUGCAGAUUGUUCGAAGAUGGCGGCCGGGUGCUGCGGGGUGAAGAAGCAGAAGUUGUCGGGAUCCCCCGGCUCGGGGGGACCCGGCGGGGCGGGGAGCGGGGUGGCUGGGGCCGGACACUGCGGAUCGGACUUGGGGAUCGGGUCCUCCUCGACCGUGGUGGCCGGCAAUGUGAAUCGGGUAAACGGCCUGGGGGGUCCUGGGGGUAGCAGCAGCAGCGGCGGCGGCGGUGGUGGUGGUGGUAGCAGCGGCAACAGCACUGCUCUGUCCCCGACUCCGGGAGGCUACAACUCCACUGGCCUCUCCCCGAACCUCAGCCCUGGUCCUGGCUCGGGAAGCGGGGCCAGGAAGAUGGUCGUUUCGGCGGAGAUGUGUUGCUUCUGUUUCGACGUGCUUUAUUGCCAUCUAUACGGAUACCAGCCUCCCCGAACACCCAGGUUUACAAACGACCCCUACCCACUGUUUGUCACUUGGAAAAUAGGCCGGGACAAGCGGUUGAGGGGUUGUAUAGGUACAUUUUCUGCCAUGAACCUGCACUCAGGACUCAGGGAGUACACCCUUACCAGUGCCCUUAAAGACAGCCGCUUUCCCCCUAUGACGAGGGACGAGCUGCCGCGCCUCUUCUGCUCAGUGUCUCUGCUCACCAACUUUGAGGAUGUUGGUGAUUACCUAGACUGGGAGGUGGGUGUUCACGGCAUUAGGAUAGAAUUUUUCAAUGAAAAAGGAUCAAAGCGCACCGCCACCUACCUGCCAGAGGUUGCGAAGGAGCAAGGAUGGGACCACAUUCAGACCAUAGAUUCCUUACUUCGAAAGGGAGGUUACAAAGCCCCCAUCACAAAUGACUUCAGGAAGACCAUCAAAUUGACCAGGUACCGUAGCGAAAAGAUGACUAUGAGCUACGCAGAGUACAUCGCCCAUCGCCAGCACCACCACUACCAGAACGGCAUCGGGCACCCUCUCCCCCCCUACAACCAUUAUUCCUGACAGCGAGCCGCAUGACCAGUCACUGGACCUCUCCGCGGACCUCUUCCCGGGAGAGCCUGCCCCCUCAUGGUCUAGCUAUCUCUACUACUGUACCAUUUUAUGAUGAUAGUUUCCGUUGCCAUGCCAACAGUCUCCAAGUUGGCGGCAUGGCAGCGGGUGGCAAAGAAGCAUCACGAUUCUGACGCGAAAAAGUCAUUUAUUUUCUCCUUUUUUAUCCUUUCUAUUAAUUUAGUUUUUGCAGCAUAUAUAUCGACUUAUAACCCCUUUUUUCUUAUUUUUAAAAAAGCAAAUAAACAAGUAAUACCUUUUUUUUUUUUUUUUUUUUCUCUCUCCCCCUAAAAGAUUUUUUUUCCAACAAUCCUAAUCAGGUUUUUGAGUCUGUGGAUGGAAAUGAGCAUAUUAAUGAGGGGCUUGUCUUGCUGAUAGGAAUUUGCUUCUGUAUGCUAAGCUUUAUGUCGAGUGAACACUGCACUGUUUCUGCCCAGGUUACAGCCACAGCAGUGAAGUCUACCACACUGAACUGACAACCAGUGGGGUUUUCACACCUUAGCGACCGUCUCCUUGAUAGCAUAUCAUCAUGCAUUGAUGAUGACACUGUCUGCCAUAAAAUAGCUUUGCUUUGGAGAAGGAAAACAACCAAAGGGCAAUGCUAAAGGACAGCAGUGCAAAAAUGAAACGCAGCUAGGGUGAGUCCUGUUGAAAUGGUCAUCAUUGUUGGAUUUUACUCAGGCCAUGAGUCUGAGUGGCAGCUGAUUGGCUGAACAGGAGUUGAAAUGCAGAAUUAGUUUGCAACUUUCACAUAAUUGGGCACGCUUGCCAGACAGUUCCGUAUAGAUUCUAGCCAUGAAUGAAACGGCUAACAUUCUGUAAAGGCUUUUAAUCAAGCCUUCAUUUUGCAGAUGUUAACUAAGGGUUAACUGCAACUUUCUCACAUGUUCCCCAGCCAGUCUGUAGGAUGUAACUGGGGCUGAAGUCGUGUAGUGUCCACUCGGCUCUUAGUUUUCCAGGGCAGUUUUGUUGCUUUUGGUUUGCUUUUAUCAUUUGUUGUUAGAUUGAUUUUAUUUGUAUGGAUCAUGUAGACAGCCACCAGAGCUCAAGUGAUUCUUUCCUUUCUGUGCGAUUUCCUCUGAAAAUUGAUUGUUGUGAGGGGAGGUGUUUGAAAUUGUGAGUCAUUGUUGUCUUGGAAUUUUUGGGUCGUGAUGCAUACGUAACUGUGAAGUUAGCCAAAGACAGACUAGCUUGAGACAGUUUGCUUUCUUUUCCUCUGUGUGGUGUUAGAUGUGCGUUGAUAUGUGGACAAACUUGUCAGAAGAAACCGCUAGAUUAAGUUAGCUAUUGGAAAAGCCAGAAUAUUUUCUCCACAAUGCCAGGGAGUUCCACUCUUUGCAUUGGUGAUAUUUCGUGAGAUCACUGAAUUGAAUUCAUGUGGCUCAAGAUAAACAGUCGACUUUUUUGUUUGUAGUGCUUCUAUUUGUGAGAGGAAAAAAGAAAAGCAGAUGAAGCCAUUGUGUUCAGUGGUGAUUAUUCCCGUUAGGAAAUUCUCCGCUUUGUUCAUUAAAGUUUCAGAUGAUACUAGAAGGUGGUCAAAUUGCAGACCUUGACAUUGUUAAUUUGGGUGAGCAGGUCUGUGUCGAGGACUUGAGGAUUGGCUCUCAACAUUUGCUAGCGAAACCAGCAAAAUUGAGCAAAGGAGUUAGCAUGUAUAGUUUGUGGCUAGUGGGUUGUCUAACACAUUACACCAUUGAUGUUUCCUCAGCCACUGUUUUCUAAAACCUUUUGUCACACAGAGAGGAAAAUCUGUGCAAGAGACUUAGUUCAAAACAACAGGGACAAGUUUAAAAAAAAAAAAAAAAGCCAUACUCUUUUUAGUGCAUGCUUUGUCAGGGUGGUUGCUCUGUCAAUUUUUUUUCUUUGUUCCUUCCCAAAAUUGGGAAUUUGUUUACUUAGAGCUGGAAUGUUCACCCCUCAAGGCUGUGGUUGUUUUCAGUUUAUUUUUUCCCUUUUUUUAACCAGGAAAUAGAUUUCUGUGUUUUUUGUUUUUGUUUUUUUACUCCUGAUCAGAUCCUGUGGAAAAAUCGGCUCUUAACUCCAUGUUUGGGCAUUUGGUUAAUUAGGUUGUACUGUGGUACUGCCGAUCGGUCAGCGCCCUCACGAUCGAGCUGGAAUGUCCGCAGCAUUCACUUUUUAAGAUGUUACCUCACAUUCGAGACGUUCAUGCCAAACCACCACAACACCUCAUGAUGCUUGGCACGAGCAAUGUUUACAUCCUCAGUCCAAACGCCACAAGCUUGACGACGGUUGCCAUAAUCAAUACGAUCGUUUCAUGAAUCCUCACGUCAAGCACAUGCAGCUGUUCUGGUGGCCACACUCAUAAACCACGUGGUGUUGUGACUGAUCAGAAUAAUUGCAUCUCUCAGCUCUGCCAUGAAAUGCUGGAAUUAAGACACAUUUUUGAAAACUUUUUUUUUUUCCCUCCAGGUAUUCAGCGUUUAAUCUGUAUUCUCGCUUAGCGACAGUCUCAACUAAGCAAGUUGGGGGAUUUUCUUCCAUAAACGUAUUGGAACCUUUUUAGACAAGUUACAUGUGUGAUAAAAUCUAGCUAAAUUCAGUUUUUUGGGCUUGUAUAGUUUCACCGUUCUCUAAACAAAGCCUCCUGUUCUCAGUAGAUGCAGUGCAGGACAAAGCUCUUGAGACUCAAUCACUGUCUCCUUUUGAGGGGGAAAAGGCUGAGAUGCUUUUGCUGUAGGAGGACUCCUCUUUGUUUUCAUAUGCAAAAUGUUAAGGGCUUUUUUUGGUGUUCCAUCCACAGUCACCCAUAGCUCCUUGAAAGUUAAAACAAAACGACAAAAAAAAAAAACAACAAAGACCUUCAUUUCAGUUGUGUUGCCUUAACAGUGGUUUGAAUAAACUUGGACCAGUAAAAUGUUGCCCUGAAGGUUCAGAACUGCGCCGUUGUUUUUGGAGUCGUGACUGAACAGGCCUAUUUCGACUCCCUCCGUUGCUCUGCAAAAAACUGUGAGGGCCAGCAACCUCAAACUUGUGUCAGCAGAAAGACUGAAGCUUUUUUUUUUUCCUCUGUUGGCUGGGCUUGUCGAGCUGUCUCGAAGGCGUUUACUUUUGAGCACGACGUUUGCUCCCGUUGCCCAGCUGUGACUGUUUUUUCCCCCUGUGUGAUGUUAACGAUGUUAUGAAGGCCACUGAAAACACAUUUGAGGUGUUGUGUCUGGCUCCAGAUGAGCCUGCAAGUGUCUCGUACAAACGUAUUCGUUCAGAAGCUGCUGUUACCUGUCAGGUCACCAUUUUCUGGUCCAUAGUCAAAUACAGCACAAACUGAAUCCUUUUUUUUCUGCUGCAAAACCAAGUACACCAAGUCUUUUGCAUACAUGUAAAACUAAUGUAUACACAUCUGCAAUACAUUCGUUGCAUGUGUGUAUGGAAGGCCUCCUGUUGAAUCAUGGCAUGUUUGUUCACUGCUAGAGACUCUAUAGACAAGAGGAAAAAAAGACAAUAUAAAAUGGUGCUACUGGACCUCAUCGUUGGGGGGUGGUCGCAGUUAAAUGUGACUGGUCAUGCGGACUCAUCGAUCAUAUCAGACUUAUUCUUAUCCUUGAUAUAUGCAGAUCUGUUUUACAGGUGUUUUUUUGUUUGUUUUUUGUUCCUACCAGUGUAACAAGUUGAAAAAAUUUCCUGCAGGUUUGAAAGGACAAGGAGUCACAAGUCUAACCCCAUACUUCCCUCAUGGCCUGGGGGAAACGGGCAUACACUUCUCAUCCCAUCUGUUGUGCAGUAGAUAGCGAGGACAGAAGUGCACACGAGCGCUUGAGAAUUGACCGCUCCAUGGUCUCCUCACAAAUGCAUUGUUUCGUCGCGGUUAUUGCGACAAGCUUUAUAGAGCGUUGACAAAAUUCUGUUCAGCCUCAUGAAAAACUACCAAACUUGUUCAUACUGGUGGUCACCAGUCCUCCUCCCGGAGGUCUAAAACGUACAGAUUAGUUCACUGGAAGCAGCUUUGACAUUAUGUUUGGAACUGGACUCUGCAGGAAGGUUAGCCCUCCAGGAGCAGGGUUGGUGACCGCUGUUCUGGAGUAAUUGUUGUGCAGUCCUACAUUGGUUGAACAUCUAAUAGUACCUAUUUGAUUUGUUUGAUUCCUCUUGGUUUGAUUGUCAUUUUUAUCCUUUUAAUCACAGAUUUGGACUUUCUGAUUUGUGGAAAAUCAGUCAUGUGCCCAGAAGUCUACGUUUGUUAGCCUAAUGGUCUGAUCAAGUUCAGACUUAUUCAGAUAUGGACAUUAAGUGCAAAGUUAACAGGUUGGACUGCGUUACUGUAGUUAAUCACAACUAGCCAGGCUAAAAAUGACAACCCACAAAAUAUCCUUUUAAUAGUCAAAUUGAUUUAUACGCUUUGUCAACGUCCUGUAAUGGCUGUUUCAUCCAGCAACGGUAGUGAAGAAAAAUGACUUUGUGGGCGCAGCAUGGAUAGGUCACUCGGACUGGGGCCAUCUUAAGGUCCCAGUUUUCCCCUUUAUAUCCUCUUUGUAAUGCAGAUGUUCAAUAUUGUGGUUCCUGGCAUUCUGAACUGCUUGGCUCAACCAGGUGUGUCUGAUGAUGUGUAACUGUGGCCAAAAUAACUUUUUCUCAGUCAUACCUUAACACUCAGCACAUUGAACACUCUCUAAUGAACGACUUGGUGGAUAUUCGGUGUUUUGACAGAUGCCAUUACGCCGCUAAGUCGCAACCAUAUUGGAGUGGAUUUUUCACAGCAGCUCAGCUGAAGGAGACUCCACUAUGGACAAUGCCAUAAAGUUAACUACAUUAUGCUGCUUAUCUCAGUACUGUCAGACCCAGCCAAACCUUUGCCACACUUUGGAAAGUUGAAAGCUGACUAGGGUUCUUUCUCUCAUGAAUUCCUGCUCAAGUUGUGUCUAAAUACUUGAAGGCUUGUUCGAGUGUCAGUGAAAUAGUCCACGCUGAAAAUGCACUUUGGGGACACAGGUUAAUUAUACGGUCCCUGGCACUAGUGGUUGCUGGGCCCAAAGCAUUCGAACACUGAAGCUGAACGAAACUGAUGACUGUCUUACUGUCGCACCAUUUAGGCAAAGAUAGAUGAGUUGAAAGUAUGCUCGUUGGUGGCCGUUCUCACUGUACAUCACACAUUCUGCCCCUGAGGAAUGAACCUCAUCCGUUCUCCACUUGGUCCUUAACACAGUAAUGUUUUUACAACAGUUUGCUCACUCUGAGCAGAACGAGUCUCAUUUUAACACACAGUAACAAUGGUUUAGGUCCUGCUUCCCAUCCAUCCCGUUCUUGGAAUCCUGGAAUGUGUAGGCUCACAUUACCUUUGCGUGUUCGACCGAACCAAAGAUGCCUCCAGCCAUGUCCAAAUGCUGCUCUUAAGACCUGCCUUCCUGUCCUUCCAAAAAAACACCCCUGCAAGAGAAAUGUCUUUAUCUGUGUUCUUUCACUUUGUCUUUUUUUUUUUUUUUAAAGAUUUUUUUUUGUACGAUUUCUAGCUUUCUUUUAGGGUUUUUAGCAACCUGAGUUCAAUGAAUUUUCAUUGUAGCCGUCUUUGACACCUUACUAGGUGUCGGCGACUGUGUAAUACUAGGUUGCACAUUUUUGUUAUUUUGUUUGUUUUUUCAUUGUUGUUAUUGUUAUUAUUAUGUAUAUUUUUUAAAAAAGAAAACCCCAUAGCGUGCCUCUUAGAUUCAUGGGUUUCUUAAUGUGUUUUUUCCUAAGACCAGCAGUUAUACUUUAUAUAAAAGAUGCGUUGAUCCUUAUUUUUAAAUGCCAUUUAAAAAAAAAGAAAAAAAAAAAGCCUCUUUUCUUUACUCUGGACCCAGUAGCAGCACUGGUAUACAAUCGCACUGAUAGAUAAAGAAAAAAGUAUAAAUAAUAAUAAUAAUAAAUGACAUGAAUAAGAACUACAAUAAACUUGUGUUUGAGAACGUUUUGUAAGAAAAUACAUUUAAAAAAAAAAACAAAAAAGUAAACAAAAUGACUGUUUUUGUACAUCAAAAGUUGAUUCUUUUCAAAAGAAUAUUUUGGAUCUAGUUUCUAAAUUAUUUUAGUGGUUUUCUAUGUUCUGGAACUUUGAGCUGAGUUUUGGACGUGCAACUCACUGAUUGACGAUUUGUGCAGCAUUGGCACAGCGGGCUCCGGGGUUGCCUGGCGUAGCCCCUCAUACCCACCAGUUUCUUUUAAUUCUUUAUAUUUUGAGUUUGGAUUCUUUCUCUGCUUUAGUAACUUGAAAUUGUUGAUGAAAUAACGACCUGGGAAAAACAAAGACCCUCCCCUGUAGAACUCUAGACCCCUUCUCUCCUUCCCUAUUGAAUUUGCUGUUAGUGUGAUGAGACUUGAAAUGGGCAUUUAUUAAGACUAUGAUAGUAUGGCUCCAAAAAUACAAAUAAAAAAAAGUAGAAAAAUCACAAAAUCAACAAAAAAAUGUGUGUGGGGGGGAUCUUAUAUAUAGGUGGAUUAUCAGUGGGUAUGUGAGCUAUGGCUGUGGCGAUGAUAAUGUAGUUUUAAACAUUGUUAUUACCUUUUAAAUCAUUUAUCCAAUAAAAAUUCUUAAAGAGCAA